AUGCUGUCCAUCUCGAUGAGUUUUAGCCUCGGGGCUGCUCUCCUUGCUUCCCUCACUCACGCCAACCCGGUUCGUUCGGUCGAGUCGAGGCAGGCGGAUUGCGGUUCUCACGGCCCCGGCAACAGAGCCUGCUGGAAUGGAGACUUCAACUUGGACUCGGACUUUGAGAUCCUCACGCCGCCCCAGGGGAAGCUGAGAACAUUCGACUUCACCCUCAGCAACCUGUCCGACAUCGCGCCGGACGGCGUCCACAAGCCGGCCAUGCUGAUCAACAACCAGUUCCCCGGGCCGACCAUCGAGGCCGACUGGGGCGACUUUGUGCAGAUCCACGUGCACAACCAGCUCCAGCACAACGGCACCUCGUUCCACUGGCACGGCAUGCAUCUGCGCGGCCACAACGAACAAGACGGCGCCAACGGUGUCACGGAGUGCCCCAUCCCCCCAGGACAGAGCAGGACGUAUUCUUUCCAGCUUACACAGUAUGGUACAUCUUGGUAUCACAGCCACUUCUCCGCGCAAUACGGCAACGGCGUCGCAGGCGCCAUCCAGAUCAACGGCCCGGCGUCUGCAGAUUACGACAUCGACCUCGGCCCGUACGCCAUCAGCGACUGGUACUACGAGACGGCGGACCGGCUCGAGCGCCAGGCCGAGCUCGUGUCCAACGGCGGGCCCCCGCCGCCCAGCGACAACAUUCUCUUCAACGGCAAGAACAUCAACCCGCGCGGCGGCGGCGGCGGCCAGUACCAGAAGACCAGGCUGACGCCCGGCAAGAAGCACCGCCUGCGGCUCAUCAACACCUCGGUCGACAACACCUUCACUGUGUCGCUGGUGGGCCACAACUUCACCGUCAUCGCCACGGACCUCGUCCCCGUCAACCCCGUCGUCAAGGACAGCCUCUUCAUGACCGUCGGCCAGCGGUACGACAUCAUCAUCGAGGCCGACAAGCAGACCGAGAACUACUGGUUCAACGCCACCCUCGGCGGGGGCGGCCUCUGCGGCGUGUCCAGGAACCCGCACCCGGCGGCCGUCUUCUUCUACGACGGGGCCCCCGACAGGCUCCCCGUCGACCAGGGCACGCCCCCCGCCGGCCUGGGCUGCGCCGACUCGACGGGCUUCGUCCCGGUCCUCGCCAGGACCGCGCCCGAGGCCGAGUUCGACGUCAAGAAGCAGAUUCUCGACAUCGCGCUGGGCGAGCACGAGAUCAACGGCAACAAGGUCUUCCGGUGGACGGUCAACGGCAGCGACAUGGACGUGCAGUGGGACAAGCCGACGCUCGAGUACGUCGCCGAGGGCAACACGUCGUGGCCGCGGCGCGCCAACAUCAUCGAGAUCCCCGAGGCCGACGCGUGGACGUGGUGGAUCAUCGAGAACACCAGCCCCGUGCCGCACCCCAUCCACCUCCACGGCCACGACUUCCUGCUGCUCGGCACGGGCGCCGGGUCGUUCGCGGGGGCCGGGGUCCCGCUGAACUUUGAGAACCCCGUCCGCCGGGACGUCGCGCAGCUGCCGGGGUCCGGGUGGAUGGUCAUCGCGUUCCGGACGGACAACCCGGGCGCGUGGCUCAUGCACUGCCACAUCGCCUGGCACGUCAGCAUGGGUCUCAGCGUGCAGUUCCUCGAGCGCGGGGACGAGAUCGCGGGGGCGAUGGACCUGACCUCCGUCGCGACCACCUGCGACGCCUGGAGGGAGUACUACCCGACGGCGCAGUGGCCGAAGCACGACUCCGGGUUGUGA